GGCGUAUUGAUGUGUUCAAGGAUAGUAGAUUCUUUCUAUUAGAUUUCCUUUGGUCUUUUAGUAUAAUCAUUGAUUAAAAAGUAGCCAGUUUUUAUAACUAAAAACGUAACAUUACUGAUAUUAAUAUUGCUGUACUGAAUAAAUAUUAGGUCGUAUUCGUUAUUUGGUGUCAUUUUAUUUUGUUUCUAUCAUAAACACAUAAAGAUAACUUAAAAUUGUUGUGUUACUGAUGUGAAUAAUGUAUGAAUCAUCUUAUUCCAAAUAACAAAUAUUAUUUAUUAAGAUUUUUUGGUGAUAAGUUAUAAAAAUGGCUGAUCUUAUCCGAGCAAUGGGAGCGCCGAUAGGACCCCCUAUAAAGGAUAAGUUGGGUUCACCGUCGACGGAAUCUGAAGAUGGUGGUGUCGAUAUUGGAGAGUUAGCGGCGGAUUUAGAGUUAGAUGAAGCUGAUGGGCCAAGUACUAAUGGUGAGAGACAAGCUGUGCUAGCACCACCAGAAACUGAAUGGUAUCAUGGCCGUUUGGAUAGAUACACUUCUGAAGAAAGACUAUGGGCAGCAGGGAAGCAUGGUAGUUACUUGGUUCGUGAAAGUGAUCGCAAACCAGGAUCAUAUGUGUUAAGCUACUUGGGUCGCACAGGAAUUAAUCAUUUCAGAAUAACCGCCGUAUGUGGUGAUUACUACAUCGGGGGACGUCAAUUCGACUCCUUGACUGAAUUAGUAGGCUUUUAUAGUCACUGCUCGGAUCUGCUAAAACGCGAGCGAUUGGUCGAACCCGUACCUCCUCCUGAACCAGUUAAUGACAAAAAGCGUGUGGUGGCCAUUUUACCGUACACCAAAAUGCCCGACACGGACGAGUUGACCUUCCAGAAGGGCGACAUAUUCUUCGUACAUAACGACAUGGGCGACGGCUGGUUGUGGGUCACCGCACACAGAACGGGGGAGCAAGGAAUGAUCUUCAGAGAGUUAGUCGAGGAUCUGGACCCGUCUAUUGAUCCGAACACCGUGUUCUCUUGGUUUCAUCCCAACUGCACCAAGAGUGAGGCUGUCGAUAUGCUCGUGAAAGCAGGCCCUGGCAGUUUCCUCGUCAGACCCUCGGAUAAUUCUCCCGGAGAUUACUCCUUGUUCUUCCACAUCAACAAUCAAAUCCAAAGGUUCAGAAUUGAGAAGAAGGGGGUGAGGUAUCUUAUGGGUGGACGGACGUUCGAAUGUCUCGAUGCUGUCAUCAAUAGAUACAGGAAGGAGCAGAUUGUGGAAGGACAUACGCUAGGGCAGCCUCUGAUCGCCGAAGGUCAUAUAAUAGAGCCACAACAGAACGCGACUGGUGCUGCGGCUGAGAAAAUAUACGCGACGCUCAGGGAAUGCAGGGAUCAGAUAGGUCUCAAAAAGAUGAAAGGCAUCAAACAUCAGGGCUACCUGCACAAGAAGUCGGACAAGGGCGCUAAGAAAUGGAAGGCCCUAUACUUCGUUCUUUUACAAGAGGGGACCGAUACACAUCUCUACUUCUACGAUUCUCCGAAACGAACAAAACCGAAGGGGUUAAUCGAUCUAUCCUGUGCAUACCUGUAUCAGGUACACGAGUCGCUGUGGGAGCGCGAGUUCUGCUUCCAGCUGGUGGAGCGCGCGCUGCCGUGCCUGUCCACGCACACGUUCCUGGCGGCCGCCGCCGCGCACGAGCUGCGCGCCUGGCUCGACGCCCUGCGCCCGCUGUGCGUGCCGCAGCAGGCGCGCCACCACUGCAAGGUGGCGCGCGUGGUGUGGCUGCGCGCGCUGCGCGUGCGCUGCGUGACGGCGCACCGGCUGCCGGCCCGCCUGGCGCCGCGCCCGCACCUGCGGCUGGCGCUGGGCGCGGCGCCCGUGGCGCGCACGCGCGCGCGGCCCUCGCCCGACCCGCACUGGGACGACGAGUUCGUCUUCGAUGAUGUACCUCCAGAUGUAACUUCGUUUACGAUUACGGUGCAUAAUACCGGAAAGAGAGGAAAAGAGUCUGAAGUUGCGGAAUUAACGAUAGAAUUAGCAAACUUAGCUAAUGGUGAAGAAAUCGAAGAAUGGUAUCCACUCGCAGGCAUGACUCCUAUUGGGGAGUGGGGUUCUUUAAGACUUCGAAUAAGAUAUAUGCAAGAGUUGGUAAUGCCUCGCGAGGAAUACAACCCACUUCGUCAAUUACUUUUGGAACCAGGUCUACCAGCAGUGAAGGCCCUGGCUGAUCUAUGCCGUACUGAUAGACAACCUCUGGCGACAUCCGUGCUGCACGCGUUCUCGGAGUGCGGGCGCGGCGCGGAGCUGGCGCGCGAGCUGGCCACGGCCGAGGUGUCCCGCGAGCCCGACCACCGCGCGCUGCUGCGCGCCGCCUCGCUCGCCACCGCCGUGCUCGACGAGUUCAUGCACGCGCUCUGCAAGCCCUUCCUGCAGGCAGCUAUAGCUGAAACGGUGCAAAAAUUAAUCGACGCGAAACAGUCAGCUGAAUUGAAUCCAACGAAAAUGGACUCACCUGACGAUGCUUGCAAUAAUGCAGAAUUUCUGCUAAUGAUUCUCGAUCAGAUCACACUGUCAAUAUUCACGUCUCCGGAAGCGUGCCCGCGACCAGUUCGUUAUUUGUGCGGUUGCCUGCAACGAUCCGCCGUCACCAAGUGGCCUAAUGAAAGAUUUGUACGCACCCGAGUUGUAUCAGCGUUUAUAUUCCUGCGCCUGAUCUGCCCGGCGCUGGUGGAGCCGCGCGCGUGGGGCCUGGUGUCCGCCGCGCCGCCGCCGCACGCGCAGCGCUCGCUGCUGAUGGUCGCCAAGUGUCUGCAAAACCUCGCCAACCUCAUCGAGUUUGGAGCUAAGGAACCUUAUAUGGAAGUUGUGAAUCCAUUCAUUUUGAAGAACAAGGAACGAAUGGUUGUGUUCUUAGACCAGUUGAGUUCCGUGCAGGAUCCUGGUAAUACUCCGUCGAACUCCAAUAACAACUUUGAUAUCGCUAAAGAGUUAGCAACUAUCCACCACAUUUGCGUCUCACAUUUAACAGAGCUCCAAAACUUGUCUAAGACUCAGCCAGCUAUAAGGAAGUUGGUAACAGUGACUGAAAUGCUUACCAAGCAUAAGCAUAAGUAUCUCGAAAUGAUCAGAUAGGAUACGCCUUCGAAAAAAACAGGGUAAAACACUAAUGGGACAGCGAUAGCAUUAGGCGAUUCUCCGCGCAGGACUGAAUCUUAGUCGUACAUGUGUAGUCAUCCUUAGCUUUAGCUUUGUCUUAGUUUAUUCAUAUGAAUACACAGAACAUCGUAGCCUUCUCGUGCCAAACAUGUAUUCGUCGUUUACUAUUUUAAAUAUUAUUUUGUGUAUGACAAACAAUUAUUUUAUUGCCUAUUUAGAGUAUUUAAGGCGCAAAUGGACAAAAUAGCUCUCUAGUAUUUAGGUCGUAUUUAUUCUUAGCGAUUAUUAUAUGUUUAAAUAUUAUUUUAACUGGAAAAAAAUGUUAUAUGACUAAAAUAUGCAAACACCAAGAACCGCUUAUGUAAUUGGACAUAUUUCUUUAUGCAUCAUACAUUGUAUCCAGUUAUGUGGAGCAUCUCAAUAUGUUAUUAAUUUGUCAAUAUCAUAAUAAUCAAGCUCAUAUACUAUUCACAUAGUCUAAGAUCAGGAGGAAGCGAAGAACAACAAUAUGAUUAAAUUGAGUAGAAAUUACACAAUAUUAUUAAAACGUAAAUGGUAAUUUUGCUAAAAUUUUGUACAUGGUCCCCCUUUAUACUCACUUCGAAGUGAGUGAAUACGUCAACGUCACUCAAUUUAAAGUCUCGGAGUAAUAAACUUGUUACAUCACAUAAGUAUUACAUUAGAUUUAUAUAUUUUACUAUCUCCAUGCUCUUAAUUCGUAUGUUAAGUCUAGGUAUAUGUAGUAGUAAGAUUAUUCGACCGUCGAUUGUGAGACACCAAAAAUGUUUUAGAAUGAAGAAUUGAAUGUGAUAGAUCUUUGUCUGAGUAGAUAUUAGAAAAACGUGUAUGUGAGUCCCUUUUUAUUUCUUGUAUAAUAACUGCACAUUUUACAAUUUAUUCUGUGAUAAAAAAGGUCUUGAAAUGUAUCUUUUUUUAUAUUUGGUUAUUAUUACUUACAUUCUUAUAAUGGCAUUUAGAAAAUGUUUUUGUGCCUCAUGGCAAGGUUUUUGUUUUUAAAAAGUUACGACUGUUGUAUUUUUCGUGCUCAACUAAGAAAUUAAUAUAGUGCCAUAUUUAAUGUACAGGCGGCCCUUUUGGCUUGCUUUUUUCUUCACUGCUUUCAUUUGAAUAUUUUAUAAAUCAUACUAUAUCACUUAGCUUAUAAUAUUUUAAGUAAUAUUUAUUGUGCACACUUAAUCCGAUUGCAUUUAAUAUUUCGUUAUUAUUUACUAUUUUAAACUUUUACUAAUUAAAAGCUAUUUUAAGGUAAUAAGAUAUUUGAUGGGUAACAUGAACGAAACAUUACUAUCAUUAUGCAUAUUGACUGGAUUUUAUUUUAACUUUUUAAAGUAUUUUAACACUUUAAACUAGGUAGCAGUAUGUUUCGUCUCACAUAAAUUAGUUUUUAGAUCCCAAAAUUUAUAUAAUCAAAACUAUGAUACAGUUUAAGAGUUACACAUUGAAAACAAGCAAUCAUUUUUUAUAAAUAUUUUAAAAUUUGUUUUUGUAACAAUUUUUUUUACAACACAGACUGUAUCACUACUAAUUUAACCGCCUUUAAAAAAAGGAAGUUAUCAAUUCAGAUGAAAUAGUAUUACUUUGAUAUUUAGUAUUACUUUAGCCAGCUUAUGCUCCAAGUUAUUAGUUUACACUCCGUCAUUAUUAUUAUUUGGUAUAAAAUAACAUAACGAACAAUCUUUAUCUCAUUAUUAGUUGUGUGUGUUAAUAUAUUAAUCUUUAUUAUAGUUUUUCAUAAACAAUUUUAAUAUUGUAACCAGCAAGUAAUUAUACAAGGGUUUUAGUGAAAAAAGAAUCCAGAAUAAUUAUUAACAUUUAAACUAACA